UGCUUUAAAGCCUCCCUCAUCCCGCCCUCCCCGGGCACAGAUGCUCCAAGGGACACAUACUCACAAACCCCCGCAGGCUUUUUCCCUUUGUGGUGUACCUGGCUUUUGUGCCUGCACGCUGGCUAUUUGUGAGUUGGUUCGAGUGCGCUAGGAAGUGGGUCGUCACAGGUCUAACAGAAAAGACUGGGAAGCCCUCGCUCAGUUAAAGUUUUCUGGGUAAAUAUAAAAGAUGAAAGAUGUGUCAAUUCUUCUCAAUCAUGUGCAAUCUUUAACAAAAGGGGAAGACCUGCACAAUUAUACCCAGAGUGCAGAAUCACCAAACUUGGGGAAAAAAAUGGAAAAAUGGUUUGAUUGGCAUCAGAAUGCUAAAAUACUGCAUAUCAAUGUGUGUUUGCUCCCAUGGGGUGGACGUAACCAACCUCUAUGUUCUGACAUCUUUCUGUCUGUGCUCAGAAAUACAGGUACGGACAGAAUCCACAACAGAAGAACUGUACCCCUCCUUAUCUGACUACACAUACAAAGGCAGGCUAGCUCUACAAACGUUUCACUCUGUGUAUAUUAUUAUAUUGUGAAAUCACAUAACUUUCUAUAAUUUUCUAUUACUAAGAUGUGGGACUACUAAUCCUUAGGCAAAAGAGGACAGCAACACUCAAUCAGAAACUUGUUUAUCAGAUUUAUUUUCAGAAAACCUGGAUAGUGUCCAAAGCAAUGUGAUUACCCCAUGAAAGAACUGAACUACGUAUGCUCAGACCAGUGAAGGAAUUUCUCAGCUGACCUGAUGAAUAAAGAUAAUAACUCAAACUUGCCACAAGGUAAUAACCAGAACAGUUUGUGAGGAAGAAGAUCUUAAAGAUGGGCUGAUAUGGACAUUGAUGCAUUAUUGUCACAAGUUUAUAGAAGAAUUAUAAUGGUAGCUGUGAUGACAUUGGGUGUGCUGACUGCAACAUUCUAAGCUCAUGUGAUGGCCUUAAACCCUAUCUAAUACACCUGUAUAAAGGCGAUUGGGGCACUGCUCCUCCCUCAGUCUUCGAGAUGUCGUGCUCCCUUUUGCUGUUCCCCGCUGGUGAAUCGACCUUGCUGCUGCCAGUCACAAGUCCGCGAAGUGUUACUUCUGCAGACUCGAGAAGCACCCCCAAAAACGCUGCCCGGCCCGAGAAGCUACCUGCUCCAGCUGCGGAAAGAAAGGCCACUUCGCCAAGGCCUGUAAGUCCAAACUGCGAGCGGGGUCGAGCAGCGCUGCGUGCGAGGCGUGGGGGCAGCCAUCUUGGUCGGCACCACCUCGCACCGCCUCUGACCCACGGGUGCUACCGGGUACCCCACCAAGAUGGCAAUUCAACCAAAGCUCUCCACACCAGCUCGCAACGUCAAUGACGGACAUCCUGUUGGAGAGGCGCAGGACUAGCUGCCUGUUUGACACGGGCAGCAAUGAGAGUUUUAUUCACCCGGACAUGGUGCAACGCUGCGGACUCGUGACACAGCCGGUAAGCCAAAGGGUCGCCAUGGCUUCUGGGUCGCAUACAACAGAUAUCCGGUGGGGUUGUGUAGCGACACUAGUGGUGCAGGGCACAGAAUAUCAGGACUUUGUCUUACUGGUCAUGCCUCAACUGUGUGCCCCUGUGCUAUUGGAGCUCGACUUCCAGAGUCACCUGAAAAGUGUGACAAUGGAGUAUGACAGGCCCCUCCCACCAAUCACUGUCAGAAAUCCUCAGUUCUGUAGGAAUUCAUCAUAUACUCUGCUACUGACCACACACACAUAUCGACCUGCACAUUUCACCCAACCUCAUGCCAUCAGACAUGCUACAGACACCACUUGCAGCCUCUCCACCCUUAAGAUCCCUCCCCCACCGCUGUUCGCCAACCUGACCCCCGACUGUAUACCUGUGACAACUAAAAGCAGGAGAUACAGCGCAGGGGACAGGGCCUUCAUUCAGUCAGAGGUGCAGCGGCUGCUCAGGGAGGGGAUCAUUGAGCCAAGUACAAGUCCUUGGAGGGCCCAGGUGGUCGUUGUUCAGAAUGGGCAGAAAAAUAGGAUGGUCGUGGACACCUCCACUCCUCCGACUUUGCGCUGGCUGCUACCCUCAAUCAGGCAGGAAGGCCGGUAGCAUUCUUCUCUCGUACCCUUCAAGGCCCUGAAAUUCGGCACUCCACGGUGGAGAAAGAAGCCCAGGCCAUAGUGGAAGCUAUUAGGCACUGGAGGCACUAUCUCGCUGGCAAAAAAUUCUCCUAGCUGACCGACCAGCACUCCGUUGCGUUCAUGUUUAGCUACCAAUAGCGGGGCAAAAUCAAAAUUGUUAAAAAUUUGAGGUAGAGAAUCGAACUCUCCACCUAGAAGUAUGACAUCCUGUACUGGCCUGGAAGGCUCAAUGAGCCCCCUGAUGCCCUAUCCCAGGGAACAUGUGCUAGCGCACAGCUCAACCUCCAUGCAGAUCUUUGCCACCCAGGGUCACCUGGCUUUUCCAUUUCGUGAAAGCCUGGAACCUGCUGUACUCCUUUAAGGAAAUCAAGACGAUGACCAGGGACUGCCAAGUCUACGCUGAAUGCAAACCGCACUUCUUCAGUCCUGAAAAGGCACAACUUAUCAAGGCCACCUGCCCCUUUGAGUGACUGUGUUGACUUUAAGGGCCCCCUUCCCUCAACUGACCGCAAUGUGUACUUUCUUAACAUAAUCGACAAGUACUUGCGGUUCCCCUUUGCCAUCCCCUGCCCCAAUACCACUGCCACAUCUGUCAUAAAGGCCCUGCGCCAGCUCUUCACUCUGUUUGGAUAUCUCUGCUAUACCCACAGUGACAGAGUGUCCUCGUUUAUGAGUGACGAUCUGCGCCAAUACCUGCUGGCUAGGGGUAUUGCUAUUAGUAGGACCACGGGCUAUAAUUCCCCAGGGGAAUGGACAGGUGGAGAGGGAGAAUGCCACGGUGUGGAAGGCCACACUCUUAGACCUUCUCUCAUU